GAACUUGGUUGCGACUACACUCUUCAGGAAGAAGUACGCCAAUUCGUCAGAGCAGUCAUGUACCGCGAGCUGGAACAAGAACAGCUCGCAUGGUGGCAGGACAGCCUGAAGGAGCGCUGCCGCUACCACCGUUUCCCAUGCCGAACGUGGUUCGAGCUCGUCUACACAUGGCGCCCUGCUAUACACUCUCCAGAGCCAAGACCCAACGAAAAGGCGGAACGACCACAGCCGCAGGAGGUUCUCGCGGAAAGCUUCUCACAUCCACGCGGCCCGCAGCCUCAACACGCCCCGACCUACAGCAUCCCGUGCUACAUCCCCGUCCUGCUGAGCUACGAACACAACGGCCUGGACUACCUGCUGCCGCUCAACUUGGUCAGAAGCCCCCAAGCACCGACGAACUUUCCAGUGCGCCCACAUGGACCCCUACCCACCAACCUGCCAGAGAACUUGGUCAGUGACAGGCUACAGCACAUCCACCCCCACGAACGAGACGUACACCUACGCUUCGACAACUCCACGCACACCUACUUCUGGCAAAACAAACGAGUGAUGAUAUCGGUAACGCAGAUGAUCCACAAGUAUGCGGACAAGUUCGAUCCGGACCAGACGCUGAAAAACAUGUCAGAAGGAAGGCACUGGCCGCGGGCCGGGUAUCUCAAAACCGACAUCUCACCGGACAUGGAACAGAAGAUCAACCAGCUGCGCGCAGGCCCCCGCAUCCUGGCCAUGCUCCAACAAAAGAAAGCCAACGAUGAAGAGCUGAACCAGCAUCUACGCAUGGCGCUGCAGCAAGCGAACCCCACGGAAGCAGCGACGCUCCGAGGCCUCGCAAUGUCGAGCAGCGACGUGAAAAGAAAAUGGGAGACCGCCCGAGACGAGGCGUCGCACGAAGGGACAUGGAUGCACGCCCAGUUCGAGUGCCUCCUGAACGGAGGCACUGUUCCGGCCAUGACACCAGAGAUAAGCCUGCUAUGCAAGUUCCUCGAAAGACUGCAUCAUGCCACGAUCUACAGGACAGAGUGGAAGAUCUACGCCGACGACAUCGACGUGGCCGGCAGCAUCGAUUGUGUCUUACAGAGAGCGAACGGUAGCCUGGAGCUCGUGGACUGGAAACGAAGCAGCAAAAUAGCAAGCCGCGUAGAGCACUUCGGCCGCUUCAUGAAGCCACCUCUCGACCACUUGGCGGACAGCACCCUCUCCCACUAUCACCUACAGCUCAACGUCUACAGAUGGAUUCUGCAAAACCAUUACCGCCAGAUCGUGACAGAGAUGUACAUCGUCGGAACGCACCCCGACAACGGACACGAACCCUGCAUACAACAAGUAGAUAUCCUGGACGACGAAACAGCACGGCUCGUCGCCGAUGCAGCGAGAGAACGGACCACUCGCCGCAGACAGCCGAGCCAGCCCGAGCACGUGCAACCGGAACGCCCUGAGCACAACGGAGCCGAGGAGACAUGCUCGAACUAUGACAAAAAAAAGGCGCGAAG